AUGGCGUCGAACUACUCAGAGGAUAUCGGGCCCAUGGCCUAUCCUCUGAAAAUGGUGUCCAAAGAGGUGGUCGAGCACAUGCUCGGCUGGAACAUUCCAGAAGAACACCAAGACUUGGUUCACGAUCACUGGAGGAACUUCCCCGCAGUCAGCAAGUACUGGCAUUACGUUCUAGCACUUAUUUACACCAUGCUGAUGGUCACCUCUUUGCUAGGGAACGGCAUCGUCAUCUGGAUUUUUGGCACCUCAAAAUCCCUGCGCAGUCCAAGCAACAUGUUUGUCAUCAACCUCGCAGUCUUCGACCUGAUGAUGAUGUUGGAGAUGCCGCUACUCGUCAUCAACUCGUUCUACCAACGGCUGGUCGGGUACCAGCUCGGCUGUGACAUAUACGGUGUGCUGGGUUCCUUGUCCGGCAUCGGAGGAGCUAUAACCAAUGCUGUUAUUGCGUUUGAUAGAUAUAAGACGAUUUCCUGCCCUCUCGAUGGACGGAUAAACAAGGUGCAAGCGUUCAUACUGAUAGCCUUCACUUGGUUCUGGGCGCUACCAUUCACCAUCUUGCCUGCUCUGAGGAUUUGGGGACGUUUUGUGCCAGAGGGUUUCCUUACGACCUGUUCGUUCGACUACUUCACGGAUGACCAGGAUACGAAGGUGUUUGUCGGUUGCAUCUUCGUGUGGAGCUACUGUAUACCCAUGACGCUCAUUUGUUAUUUCUACUCGCAGCUGUUUGGUGCUGUACGUCUCCACGAGCGCAUGCUAUCAGAACAAGCGAAGAAGAUGAACGUGAAGUCCCUGGCUGCCAACAAGGAGGAUGCAAGCCGCAGCGUGGAGAUCAGGAUCGCUAAAGUCGCGUUCACGAUAUUCUUCCUCUUUAUCUGUGCGUGGACGCCGUAUGCUUUUGUUACGAUGACGGGCGCUUUUGGUGAUAGGAAUCUCCUAACCCCCAUCGCAACGAUGGUGCCAGCUGUCUGCUGCAAAGUAGUAUCCUGCAUAGACCCAUGGGUGUACGCUAUUAAUCAUCCAAGAUACAGGGCGGAACUCCAGAAGCGUCUUCCCUGGAUGGGAGUCCGCGAACAGGACCCUGACUCCGUUUCCACCACCACCAGCGUCGCUACUGCGCAGUCUACUGCCCAACCUGCUGCUGAAGCUUAGAAACCUAUACAAACUCCUUAUAUUCUGAUACAAUGACAAUUUAUUGCCGCCAUUAUUUAAAUUUAGAACUUUCGAAUGUGUCAAAUGCGUUUGUAGAAGAAGAUUUUGCGCCAUCUUUGUAUUAAGAAUGAAGAUGUGUCAAAUGGUGAUCGUUGAUUUAAAAAAAAAAUAAGCGAUUUGGUUUGCGAUGGUUUGUUUUGUUUGCGCAAGUGUAUAUUAAGUUGUAUUAUUUUAAGUAGACUUUGCUCAGGCUUUAAUGAAAAUGUUUUUCUUGGAACACUACUUUCUACUCCAACUUUUAAUCGGGUUUUCAUUUUUAAAGAUAUUUUAAACAAUUUAAUUAGGUACUCCAAAAAUUAAGGCAAUUACUUGUGUAAAUAAAUUUCGGAACAAUUGAAAUAUGAACAACAGAAGAUUACUAAUCUCAUUAGGACAAAACUUUCACAAAUCUUCAGAACAAUGUUCUAUUUCCGAAACUACAAACAAACAUGAUGUCCGCCCACACCCGCGUUACUCCGAAAUUAGCUGAACAAAAGCAUUAACAAUUGUUUUUUAAAUACACCUAAUGCCUUACAAGGAGUACCUAAUGGGAAAUUAUUUUAACUGGACUUUAUAAAAGGAGUCUUCAAAUACUUUUUCUAUUACCAACCUUUUUAUUAAGCUUCUAGGACACUGGCCUCUAAUAAAAGGAUUCCGUAUUUAAAUCAACUGAAUAUACGAAUCUUUGCCAUUAAUUUAUGUGGGCGAGUUCUAAUCAACUUAUUUGUUCUGAUAUUUUAAUACCGUUAUUGCUAAUUAAUUACCUCUAAAUAUAACGUUAAUAACGUAUUAUUUAAGGCUAAAAGGUAGCGUUUAUAAGCUAAGCAGUUAAUAGGAUCAUGUAGUUAUGGUGUAUUUAACUGUGUCACCCACUUCUAUGCUAAGAACUUAACUAACUUUGUCAUUUUAGUAAUUAAUUCUCAUUGUAUCAGGAUCUUUUUAAUUUCGGAUCGAUUUUCUAACGACACAAGCAAGUCUAUGGUUCACCAAGUAUGCGUAUAAUAUUUUUUUUACGAAGCAAAAUGUUAAAAAAUACAAAAAAAAUCGGACCGACCCCGACGACCGCGAUUUUAUGAGCAAAUAAAGUUAUAAUACUGCAACUGA